GUGUCUGGUGCGUUCUGCAGAGUGGCAGCAUUAUUUUUGUUCUGUGGACUGCUGUCCUGUCCACUGCCCCUCACCCUGCUGCUUUGCCUGGAACUGAACUUGCUUUAGCAACUUUUGGAAUAACACACCCUUUUCCUUGCUGUGGAUUGGUAUAUCUUUUAUUUGUGAGCUGGUAUCAGGUGAAGGGCAGCCAGCCUUUGUAAACGGGUGGAGUGACCCUCAGGAUGUCACGAUCACUGGAAGUGACGCAGACGCAGCAGCUGUAUCAGCAGCUGGAGGAGCAGCAGCUGCAUGGACAGCUGGAGAAGCAGCAGCUGUUUGAGAGCAGCUAUCACCUGAGCAGCAGGUCAUCCGUGAGCAAGCAGGCCUUCUCCACCCACAAGAGCCACAAGACCAGCAGCCAUCGUGUAAAGACCUCUGUGAAGAAAGAGAAGGGGCAGGAGGUGGUCAAACUGAGCCCGAUACCCAAAAGAGCCAAACGCACCUACCUGGCAAUGGACAAGGACAAAGAAGUUAUUGGCUACGUUGUUCCUGUUUUCAGAGCCAACCAUGACGUGGUCCGAGGUCUGAUGGAGACCCACGAGGAUGAAGUUACAGAGGAGGGGAUUAACUAUGUGGCCAUGAGGAACUUGUUCGUCAGGGAGGCCAGGGAGGCUUUGGAGGUUAGAGUGGAGAAGAAAACAAGAACAAAGCAUGUCAGGGAAUCUGCAGAACGCCUGGAGAUGGACAGGACGAUGGAGGAAUGGUCAGAGUUUCGUAAGAAAAUGAACCCAGACAGGCUGACUCAUCCUCCGGAGUUUAUUGUGAAGCCUCGUGGACAGACUGUGUGGGAGGGCAAGACGGUGAGGCUGCACUGCACCGUGGCUGGAUGGCCCAAACCGAGGAUUGCCUGGUACAAAAACAAUGUGCUCAUUGAUGCCAAGGCCCACCCUGAGAAGUUCACAGCUGAAAGCACUUACAACAUGCACUCCCUGGAGAUCAAGAACUGUGACUUCUUGGACACUGCUCAGUAUUACGUCUCUGCCCUCAAUGUGAAAGGAGAAGCUUCCUCAGCAGCCACUGUUGUUGUCAAAAGAUUUCAAGAUGGUCCAGAAGCAGGUCUAUUUGAUCCUAAACCACAUGGUUUUUGCCCUGAACACGGUGUCACCUUCCAAACAACCAUCAUUGAUAAAUUCGAUGUGGCUUUUGGCCGUGAAGGAGAAACUUUGAGUCUGGGCUGCACGGUCAUCAUCUACCCCACUGUGAAAAAAUACCAGCCUGAAGUUGUGUGGUACAGAAACUCUGUCCCCUUGAAGCUCUCUAAAUGGGUGCACACGCAUUGGUCUGGGGAGCGUGCCAUUCUCACCCUUACCCACCUCAACAAGGAAGACGAGGGCAUGUACACUCUGCGGGUCAACACAAAAUCUGGCUUUGACACCCACUCAGCCUAUGUGUUCGUCAGAGAUGCUGAUGUGGAGGUGGAGGGGGUUCCAGUGGCCCCCCUGGAUGUGCGCUGCCAUGAUGUUAAUAAGGACUAUGUAGUGGUAACUUGGAAGCAGCCAGCGGUGGAGGGCAGCAGCUCCAUCCUGGGGUACUACAUCGACAGGUGUGAGGUGGGCACUCAUCACUGGGCUCAGUGCAAUGAUGCUCCAGUGAAAUACGCCCGCUUCCCUGUAACAGGACUGGUGGAGGGGCGCUCAUACGUCUUCAGGGUGCGGGCCUUGAACAACGAGGGAGUCAGCCGUCCAUCCCGCAUCUCUGAAGCUGUGGUCGCCAUGGAUCCAUCAGACAGAGUUCGACUCAGAGCUGGACCCUCAGCGCCAUGGACCGGAGUGAUCAAGUUCACAGAGGAGGACCCCACAGUGGGUAUUGUUCCCGGAGAGCCAACGGAUGUCUUUGUAACCGAGGCAACCAAGAGCUAUGUGGUGCUUGCCUGGAAGCCCCCAGUGCAGAGGGGGCAUGAAGGAGUCAUGUAUUACAUUGAGAAGUGUAUUUCAGGGACGGACACCUGGCAGAGGGUGAACACUGGUAUGCCAGUCAAGUCUCCACGCUUUGCACUCUUUGACCUGGCUGAGGGUAAAUCCUACAGCUUUCGUGUGCGCUGCUGCAACUCUGCCGGCGUGGGCGAGGCCUCUGAAUCCACCAGAGAGAUCGUAGUUGGAGAUAAACUUGACUUGCCCUCACCUCCAGUCAGUCCGGUGGCCACCAGGAACACGGACACCUCUGUGGUGGUCUUCUGGGGGGCUUCAAAGGACGUCAAGCAGUUGGUUGGCUACUACAUUGAAUGCAGUGUGGUGGGCACUGACGUCUGGAUGCCUUGCAACAAUAAGCCCCUCAAGCAGACCAGAUUUGUCUGCCACGGCCUCACCACCGGGCUGAACUACGUGUUCAGGGUGAAGGCAGUGAACGCUGCAGGAUACAGCCAGAGCUCUGCCAAUUCUGAUGCUGUGAUUGUACAAGCUGCCAUCUCUGUACCUGGGGAACCGACCGGUGUGACCCUGCUGGAGGCUGUCAAGGACUACAUGGUGGUGGGUUGGACUGCACCUGAAAACAACGGAGGAGCUGAUGUCAGGGGAUAUUUUGUGGAUUACAGGAGCGUGAAGGGAAGUGUUUUUGGAAAAUGGCACGAAUUGAACCACAAGGCCCUGACCACAACCUCCUAUAAGGCUGAGAACCUGAAGGAAAACGUCUUCUAUCAGUUCCAAGUGCGUGCGUUGAACAUGGCCGGCGUGAGCAAAGCUUCUCCUCCCAGUAAAGCUCUGGAGUGUAAAGAGUGGACCAUUACUGUUCCAGGGCCUCCUGUCGGUCUCCACGUGCAGGAGGUCCGUGACACCUCGGCCGUGGUUCUAUGGGAACCACCUGUAUUCAGUGGCCGCAGUCCCGUCAACGGCUACUACUUGGACAUCAAAGAAGCUUCUGCUGGGGAAGAAGGCUGGAAGGCUGUUCAUGAGAAAACCAACAAGAGCAAGUUCAUGAAGGUGACUGGGCUGAAGGCUGGAACAUCCUACGUCUUCCGUGUGCGUGCUCAGAAUCUUGUUGGAGUUGGAAAAUCCUCAGCAGUCUUAGGUCCAAUCCUGGCCCAGACUCGCCCUGGCACCAAGGAGAUUUAUGUGGAUGUCGACGAUGACGGUGUGAUUUCUAUGAUGUUCGAGUGCUCCGAGAUGAGCGCAAACUCUGAGUUUGUUUGGUCCAAGAAUUACCAGGAAAUCACAGACACAUCUCGCCUGACUAUAGACAGUAAAGGGGGCAAAUCCCGAGCUAUCUUCAACAAUCCUUCCCUGGAGGAUCUGGGCACCUUCUCCUGUGUGGUCACCAACACAGACGGCGUUUCCUCCAGCUACACACUCACUGAGGAGGGUCUCCUGCGUCUUCUGGACAUUAGCCAUGAGCACAAGUUCCCUGUUAUUCCCUUCAAGAGUGAAAUGGCCAUGGAGCUGCUUGAGAAAGGCCGGGUUCGGUUCUGGACUCAGCUGGAGAAAUUUACCUCUGCCUGCCAAGUGGAGUAUGUCUUCAAUGAUGUCGUUAUCGAGGAAGGAAAGAAGUACUCAAUGAAGUUUGAUAAAUCCACCGGCAUCAUCGAGAUGUUUAUGGACUCUCUGGAGGUCACCGAUGAGGGAACGUUCACUUUUAACCUGGUGGAUGGCAAGGCUAAGGGUACAACCAGUCUGGUGCUAAUUGGAGAUGAAUUCAGGGAGCUUCAAAAGAAAUCGGAGUUCGAGCAUGCAGAGUGGGUCAGGAAACAAGGUCCGCAUUUUGUUGAGUACCUUGACUUUAGUGUUACUCAAGAAUGUGACGUGCUGUUGAAGUGCAAGAUUGGAAAUAUCAGACCCGAGACUGAGAUCAUUUGGUCCAAGGACUCCAUUGAGAUUGCAGAGGAUGAUGAGGAUGCUAAGAAAAUUGAGAAAAAGGAUUGUGAGCUGACCUUUAAUAUUGGAAAGAUCUCCAAGCAGGACGCAGGUUUUUACGAGGUCUUCCUGAGAGACGACAGAGGGAAAGAUAAGAGCGCCUUUAAUUUGACGGAUGCAGGAUACCAAGCUGUAAUGAACGAGCUGUUUAGAGUUAUUGCCAACUCCUCCAGUGAAAUCCGAGUUACAAGUACUGAAAGUGGCAUCGUCCUCUCCUCUGUGGUCACGUAUUAUGACCAGAACCUGCGUGUUGGCUGGCUUCACAAAGAUGGCAAGAUCGCAGCCUCAGAGAGAGUCAAGUCUGGUGUCACAGGAGAGGAGCUUUGGCUUAAGAUCAAUGAACCCACUGAAAAGGACAAGGGCAAAUACACCAUGGAUAUCUUUGAUGGCAAGGACAGCGUAAAGAGAGUCUUGGAACUGACUGGAAAGGUUUGGGAGGAUGCAUUUGUAGAAUUCCAAAGACUUAAGGCGGCAGCAAUCGCAGAGAGAAACCGGGCUCGUGUUGUUGGAGGCUUGCCAGAUGUGGUUGCAAUCCAAGAGGGCAAGUCCCUGAACCUGACUGGCAACGUGUGGGGUGAUCCUUUACCCGAGGUGAGCUGGACGAAGAACGAGAAGGAGCUGUCAUCCGACGAACACUACAAACUCAAGUUCGAGCACGGCAAGUUCGCCAGCAUCACGAUCGCUGCCGUCACCACGGCCGACUCUGGCAAAUACGCUCUGGUGGUGAAGAACAAGUACGGCACGGAGGCUGGAGAGUUCACUGUUAGUGUGUACAACCCUGAAGAAGAGGAAAGCAAAGAGAAGAAAGACUAAAGGAUGACAACAGUUUAGUUUAAAAAAGUGGGGAUUGUCUCCAGUUUUAUCCUGCAAUAAAGAAGUUAAAUAAACCUUAAA